AACUAAGCUACUGAUGCCAGCCGUCAUUAAACUCCUUAGAAGAAGAAGUCUGCUUUAUUGUCCUUCUGCUGUUGUAGUGAUGGAAAAUAGCGACGCGUUAUCGGUUUUGAACGGAGCGUUUCACUUUAAAAUACUUCCUGACGGCACAGUUGACAAGUCUAAAGUAAUAUGCAUUUUGUGUCAAACGGAAUUAAAAUACCACCGAAGUACUACCAGUUUGAGGUACCAUCUACGAGCAAAGCAUACAAGUGCAGCGAGUCAGGUGGUAGGGCAGCCGCUGUACCAGAGCUGGCAGGGCCGCUGCACACCUGUGGAUGACGUCAGACAGGACAGGUUAACUACGGCGCUUGCUAAGUGGGUGGCCACUGACUGCAGGCCAGUUGACAUUGUGGAAGACUCUGGUCUAAGGGACGUCCUUAGGUUGGCUAGUUGUGACCAGUUAUAUGCUCUACCGUCGCAGGGGACGGUCGUGUCACGCAUACAGGACCUGUAUGACACCGAGAAAAAUAAACUGGAACUCAUGAAAAGUGCUGUCGCGUUAGUCGGAGAUCAGUGGACGCCAGGAGCUGGGAGUGGUGACGACCAGGAGAAGGAGUUAGAAGUUAAAGAUGAGAAGGAGCAGCACGGCCCUCUACCUGUGGUUAGUACAAGCUUUUCCCUGACAGAGCCCUGUCAAAACAGCGACCAGGAGAUGGGAGUCUCUCUUAACCGUAAAAGACGAGCCACCACAGAAACCACAGAGACAAAUUCUGCAGAGGCCCUCGCCAGCCUCAAAGAUGAAGACGAACUGUUUCUACUCAGCCUUCUGCCCUCACUAAAGAGGCUCACCAUAAAAAAAAGAAUGGAGGUGCGGAUGAAAUUCCAGCAAAUUCUUUAUUCUGCAGAGUUUGAGGACUAAACAUUUAAGUUAAAUCAAUAUGAUGUAUAAGUGUUAGAAGGGCUUAUCACUGUAUAUAAUCAACUUUAAAACAUGUCAAUAGAAUUUCUUUACCAUUGUAAAAUGAUUAAAUGUCUUUGUGAAACACACGUGUUGUUGAAAUAUAUCAAUAUGUAGAUCUCCAUAAUUCAUUGUUGGCAAAGUUGUAUAAAGAGAUUCAUCUUUUGGUGUGAAAACAGAGAAAACUGCCUCGUCUUCAGGAGGUGAUGAAGUCACUGUUUGUUAGUAUCUACAGUAACUUUCAAGCUGUCGAUUAUUAAAGUAAACGUGCAGUAAAAUCGGAUGAAUUUCAAUACAACAGCUGCUGCUUACUUCAAUUUGUUGAACCAUGUGCUUUAAUCUGGAGUGUCUUGUGCAUGUGUCCCUGUUGACUUUGUUAUUCAGAUAUCAGAAAGUUGUUUUAUGGUUGGCUAAUGUUUGCAUUGGUAAGUUGUCUUUUACAUGAACAGAACAAAAGCAUUAAAGCCACAAUUACUUAUUGUGCUGCUGAACAAACUGUAUAGUCUUUGUCCAGCUCUUACAACAAUGUGAGAAGUGGGGAUUGUCAAAUUCCAUAAAGUAAAUCCACAAGAAAUGUUGGUCUAAUCAACACUGCCUGCUUAUUAUUCCUCACCCUCUGUGUAGAGUUCAUCGUGCUCACUGACUGUAUACAUGUGUCUUCAUCUUUCAGAAAAGUCUUAUUUUUACAAUAUGUUUGACAAAUAAAUAUUUAUAGCUCCUGUAAUACA